AUGGCUACGAGUACUGCUGUUAAUUCAACAGGACAACCUCGAGAACUUUGCCGAUAUUUUCUUUCCAAUGCAUGCCGUUACGGUGACAAAUGUUUUUAUUCACAUGAUCGAUCGACUGCGCAAGUCAAUAAUGUCUGUCGAUACUACCUACAAGGAAAAUGUAAUUAUGACAAUCGUUGCAGAUAUGAUCACGUUCGACCAAAAGCCCAAACAUCUACUAAUACGUUUCAAUUUAAUUCGAUGCAUUCUCAUCUCCCAAUACAACACAAUAUUAUUACAAAUCAAUCAUAUCCUGUCAACAAUGGAGUAUCACUGAGCUAUGCAAGUAUUUGUCGUGUUAAUAAUGAUAAUAUCGAAUCAUCCCAUAUAAGUCAACCAAUAUCUUCAUUACAUAAUGGCACAUUUUCACUUCAGUCUCUUUGUCCAUAUGCUGAAAAAGAUGGUGUAUGUGAAGCAUUGGAAACAGGACGAUAUUGUCCAUAUAUUCAUGGUGAUGUAUGUGAUCUAUGUGAAAUGCCAGCAUUACAUCCAACAAAUGAAAAACAACGAGAACAGCACCGAUUGGAAUGCUUACAAAAACAUGAAGCUGAAUGUGAAGAAGCAUUUGCUAUUCAACGUAGCGAAGAUAAGAAAUGUGGUGUUUGUCUCGAAACAGUAUGGGAUAGAGAUGGAGAUAAACGUUUUGGCAUAUUAGAAAAUUGUGACCAUAUCUUUUGUUUGGAAUGUAUAAGAAAAUGGCGGGCAUCAUCUAAUUAUGAGCAUAAAGUUGUUAAAGCUUGUCCAGAAUGUCGAGUAAAAUCAGAUUUUAUCACACCGACGAAAUACUGGCCAGAAAAUGAACAAGCUAAACAAGAAGUAAUCAAAGCGUAUAAAGAAAAUCUUCAACAAAUUCACUGCAAAUUUUUCAAACGUGGCGAUGGUCUUUGUCCAUUUGGUUCGAAAUGUUUUUAUUUACAUGUUGAUAAAAAUGGUCAGCCUGUCCAACUUGGCCCACCACGUCGUCGCCAACGUAUGAAUGCUCGUGGAGAAUUAGAAAAUUUUUCCGAUGUUUUCAUGCUAAGUAUCCUUUCGAAUGAAGAUUUUGGUCGACUCUUUGAGGAAUAUGAUUUCCUAUUUGAUGAUGAUGAUGAUGAUGAUGAAUCACAUGGUUCAUAUUUUACUGAUGACGAUGAUUUUCGUUUGGCUGAUGAACAUGAUGUAUCUGACGACGAUGAUGACGACGAAGAUGAUGAUGAAAACGACGAUGAUACAAAUCGCAUAUGGCAUUAA